AUGGGAGGAUGGUCGGAUGGUGUUUGGACUUGGGGUGAUUUUGGAGUUUCCGAGGUUUUUUUGUCUAAUCCCGUUAUUGCGGAAGAGUUGUGCACUUUGAGGAGUAGGUUGGAGGAUUUUAGGGGGUGGAAUUUCGAAAAAGAUAUAGUGUUGUGGACCGGAAAUUCCAAAAAUUCUUUUUCGGUAGCUUCAUGUUAUUCCUUCUACGAUUCUAUUAGAUAUCCGUUUGGCCCCUCUAAUAUUCAUGAAGGUGCGUUUGGUUUGUUGUGGAAAUUGGAGGUCCCUUUUAAGAUAAAGGUUUUUGGUUGGAGGUUGUUUCUUAAUAGAUUACCAACAAAGGACCUUUUGGAGAUUCGAGGUAUGCAUUUUUCUCAUGAGAAUUUAUUAUGUACUUUUUGUGGUAAUUGUAUGGAAAGUAGGAAUCAUCUCUUUUUUAGUUGCGGGGUGGUUAAGAAAAUUUGGGGUGUUAUAGCAAGUUGGGUGGGUAAAGGGGAAAGUGUUAGUGAAGAGUGCUUGUCGAAUUUUAUGGAUUGGCACUUAUUCUUUAGUGUGAAUAUGGUGAAAGAUAGAAAAUUGGGGAUUAUUUGGCUUGCUACUUCUUGGGCCAUAUGGUUGGAUAGAAACGGUGUGUGUUUUCGGAAUGAGUCAUGGAAUGUUAACGACAUCGUUUGGAACAUUAAGCUUUUGGCAUGGAGGUGGACGUUUUGUGGGAAUAUUACUCGAUCCAAUUUUUCCUUUUACGAGUUUUGUAAGGAUCCGUUGUUCUUCCUCUCGUCAUUACGCCCAGUUUACAAUGGAUAUCUUGAACCUGAAAGAACUCUCAAAGCGCUAAGAAGACAACAAUGUGCUGCACAUCCAGUUGAGAACCCAACUAUUGCUAAUCUAGAAAAAUUUGAUUACCCAGAAAUACCUGAGUAA